AUGGGGAUGUGCCACGGCAAACCCAUCGAGCACCAAUCAAAACAGAGCCUCCCAGCUCCCGACGAACCUCAGCCUCCUCCUCCUCCUCCUCCGGCGAAAUCCUCCGGCUUUCCGUUUUACAGCCCAAGCCCUUUACCCAGCUUGUUCAAAUCCUCCCCCGCCGUCUCCUCGAGCGCGAGCUCCACGCCUCUCCGCAUCUUCAAGAGACCUUUCCCUCCUCCUUCCCCUGCCAAGCACAUACGCGCCUUCCUCGCGCGUCGCCACGGCUCCUCCGCCAAGCCCCCCAGCGAGGUCUCGAUCCCCGAAGGGGAGGAGUUCGAGAUCGGUCUUGAUAAGAGCUUCGGGUUCUCCAAGCACUUCGCGUCGCAUUACGAGAUUGAUGGGGAGGUGGGUCGGGGGCAUUUUGGGUAUACUUGCUCUGCCAAGGGUAAAAAGGGAAGCUUGAAGGGUCAGGAAGUUGCUGUUAAAGUCAUCCCUAAGUCAAAGAUGACGACUGCAAUUGCAAUUGAGGAUGUUAGUAGAGAAGUGAAGAUACUGCGAGCUCUGACUGGUCACAAGAACUUAGUCCAGUUCUAUGACGCUUUUGAAGAUGAAGAAAAUGUUUAUAUUGUGAUGGAGUUAUGUAAAGGUGGUGAACUCUUGGACAAAAUACUUCAAAGGGGUGGCAAAUACUCAGAAGAUGAUGCUAAACAAGUUAUGGUUCAGAUUCUUAGUGUAGUAGCUUACUGUCAUCUACAAGGUGUGGUUCACCGUGACCUUAAACCCGAGAAUUUUCUCUUCAGCACUAAGGAUGAGACUUCUCCUCUAAAAGCAAUAGACUUUGGUCUCUCUGAUUAUGUCAAGCCAGACGAGAGGUUGAAUGAUAUUGUAGGAAGUGCUUAUUACGUUGCCCCAGAGGUUCUGCACCGUACAUACGGAACAGAAGCUGACAUGUGGAGUAUAGGAGUGAUUGCUUAUAUUCUUCUCUGUGGCAGUAGACCCUUUUGGGCACGUACUGAAUCCGGAAUCUUUAGAGCUGUUCUCAAGGCGGAACCAAACUUUGAAGAAGCUCCUUGGCCUUCACUGUCACCUGAUGCUGUAGAUUUUGUUAAAAGAUUGCUAAACAAAGAUUACCGUAAAAGACUAACAGCAGCUCAAGCUUUGUGUCAUCCGUGGCUAGUUGGCUCCCAUGAACUUAAGAUACCGUCGGAUAUGAUCAUAUACAAGCUUGUGAAAGUGUACAUAAUGUCAACUUCUUUGAGAAAAUCUGCUUUGCAGGCUCUUGCCAAGACAUUGACUGUACCACAGCUAGCUUAUCUGAGGGAACAGUUUACAUUGUUGGGGCCAAGCAAAAAUGGAUAUAUCUCCAUGCAAAAUUACAAAACAGCAAUUGUAAAGACCGCAACAGAUGCUACUAAAGACUCACGAGUAUUAGAUUUUGUUCACAUGAUAAGUUGUCUUCAAUACAGGAAGCUGGACUUUGAAGAGUUCUGUGCAUCAGCAUUAAGCGUUUAUCAGCUGGAAGCAAUGGAAACUUGGGAGCAACACGCACGCCGUGCUUACGAGUUGUUUGAGAAAGAUGGGAAUAGACCCAUCAUGAUUGAGGAACUUGCAUCCGAACUAGGACUGGGGCCAUCAGUACCAGUGCACGUUGUGCUUCAAGAUUGGAUAAGACAUUCAGAUGGGAAGCUUAGUUUCUUGGGUUUUGUCAGGCUACUACACGGCGUUUCUUCUCGGACGUUACAUAAAGCUUAGAGGAGCAACGAACAUUGUUUUUAGAUUGAGAAAAAAAAAAGAUGCAAACUAAAAAAGUGUAGUUCUGUGUUUCUUCUUCUUGUGUUCAUGUGGUAAUAUUUUGAGUCUAAAAGAUUCAAUAAUUAUGUGUGUGUAAUGUGUGUGGUUUCAGAUAAAGAGGAAUGUGACAUUCCAUAUUAUCUCUUACACAAUCAUAUUGAAUAUGUCACCCUUAAAGGGAUUGCUCCA